UUUACAUCAAAGUCAUCGUGAUUAACAGUUUUUCAAAACUACUAUAAUAGUACAUCUACUAUUUCAAAAAUCAUAAACGAAAAUAUGAUGGUAACAUGCAUAGUACAAGCGUUAGUUAGUCUACUUUUAUUUUCUUCUAUUGGUAUAACAUCUGGAUGUAGAUGUGCUACACCACAUCCACAAGAGGCUUACUGUUCUUCAUCUUUUGUGAUUUUGUGCAAGGUGAUGAGCCAGGUUAAAACUGGAAACCCUGAUGACAUUAAUGAUGGAUACAAGAUAUUCACUGUUAAAGUCCUCGAAGAUUACAAAGAUUUGGGAUGGACUGGAAUGACCAAGGAAAUCUAUACAGCCCCUCAUGGCGGUGCAUGUGGAGCAUUCCUGGACAAUGACAAGAAAAACAUUCUUUCAGGAACUUUCUACAAGGGGACACAUGCAGAACCAUUCCCAGGGGAAGGUGUCCCAUAUAUAAGUCUAUGUGGCUACAACCCUGAGUUGUCAACUGUACCCAAAGCUGUCUUGAAAGGCUUUAAGAAACUCUACAAACAGCACUGCGAGUGUCAGAUCUGUAGCUCUGACUGUAAACUGGGGAACUGCUAUCUCCCAUAUAAUUCUAAAGGUCCAGGGUGGUGCUACAGAGAUGCAGUUUGUCAGCUGGCAUGGAAAGAUAGUGAAGGCAAUGCGAUGUGCAUGUGGAAUCUACCAAAACAAUGGUGGAAAUGUGUUUCCUAUUAUCCAAAGAGACCGAGAGAGGAUUGA